AUAGCAAAAUGUUUGACUCGCUGACGUUUAUUAUUGGUAAGGUUUUGGUACUCUCAAAUCUGAACAUUUUUAAGUUCAUUACGCAAAAGGAAGAAGCCCGCACCAAUAACUGCCAGACACUCUCCCUCCAGAGGGGAGAUCUGCUUGAGGUCCCUCGGACCCUGUUCAUUCACUUCGGAAUUUACUUGGGUGACAACAAAGUCGCGCAUCUCAUGCCUGACAUCCUGCCCGUGUUUACGAGUGACAAAUGCCAGAUUAAAAAAGUUGUCACGAACAAGAGGCUGCUCUGGGGUGUGAUUUCCAAGAAUGCCACCAUUCGCGUUGACACAGUUGAAGAUUUUGCUUACGGAUCAAACAUCUUAGUCAAUGACAUGGAUAAUACAAUGAAGAGGUCGCCUUUACCCAACGAAGAGGUUGCGAGGAGAGCUGAAAAACUGAUCGGAGUCAUACCGUACAGUCUGCUUUGGAAUAACUGUGAACAUUUUGUCACGUAUUGCAGAUACAGCUCUCCUAUCAGCCUACAAACGGAUAAGUUCUGCGAGGGCCUGAAAUCGAUUGUCCGCGACCAGAGGAGCGUCCUACUCGCCACCCUGCUGGGGAUGAUGUCCAUUGCGUGCCUGGGACUGGCUCCUUCCACGACUCUGCCCAGUAUCCUCGUUCCCUUUGCCCUCUGGAUGGCUGGCUGAUGUGCGGAGUCCAAACACUCGGAGCGUCCCGCUAAAACGGGAGCCACAUGUGUUUAACCAUGAAUGGCUUUGGAGACGCCCGCUUCAGUGAUGGAUAUAGAUCUCCGCGGUUUGUUUUAACUUACUGUGUAAGUCCACGUUACCUCUUAGUAGCC